CUACUACUGCUGAGCCCCGCCCACUCCUGUCACAUGACCAUCCCCACAGGUCCUUCAUCCAAAAUCUCUUCUAUCCUGCUGAGCUCCGCCCCCACAUGUACUGGUCACAUGAUUGUGACAUCAUCACAGGUCCUACUCCUCCAGCAUCCAGCAGAUACAGAGAAGGUCCUGGUCGUAUAUAGAUUACAUGGGGAGGAGCUGACCCAGUUGUCUCCUCUUCUCCUGAAUGAUCCCCCAAGGAUGGACAAGGACAGGAAUGAGAUGACUAAGAGAAUAUUACACUUCACCUUGGAGAUCCUCCACCUGCUGACCGGAGAGGAUUACACCAUAGUGAAGAAGACAUGGGGGGAGUGUGUGGCCCCCAGCAGCCAUCUCCAUGAGUCAGGAGGACGGAGCAGGGCCCCGGGCCCUAAUACAGAGCCUCCACCUCACUCACUGACACAUGAGAAGAAGAUCCUAGAACUCACCCACAGGAUCACUGAGCUGCUGACUGGACAGGUUCCUAUAAGGUGUCAGGAUGUGGCGGUCUAUUUCUCCAUGGAGGAGUGGGAGUAUGUAGAAGGACACAAGGAUCUGUACCAGGACAUAGUCAUGAUGGAGGAUCACCGGCCCCUCACAUCACAAGAAAAUCCCAGUAAGAAUUCUGAGGGAAACUUCAUGUUAUCCCUGAAUGAUAAAGGAGAAGAUGAAGAUAUGAUGGAGCGCUCCUCAGGAGAAGACCUCCUUACCCCUAAUGUCCAUCCAGAUCUAUCCUAUAAUAAUCCACCUGAUCAUGAGGAACCUUCUCCUGACCAACCACACAUUGUUACCACAAGGACAGAGCAGGAACAUGGGAAAGGUUUAUAUUGUGAGGAAGAUGGGAAACAAUUUACAAGAAGAUCAGAACUUGUUAUGCUCAGAAAAGGUCUCACAAGAAAUAAGCAGUAUAUGUGUUCAGAAUGUGGGAAAAGUUUUAAGCGUAAACAAAAUCUUGUUAAACAUCAGCGAGUUCACACAGGGGAGAAGCCGUAUUCAUGUUCAUUAUGUGGGAAAUGUUUUAUGUGUAAACACAAUCUUGUUGUGCAUGAGCGAGUUCACACAGGAGAGAAGCCAUAUUCAUGUUCAGAAUGUGGGAAAUGUUUUGCAAGUAAACCAGACCUUGUUAAACAUGAGAGAAUUCAUACAGGAGAGAAGCCAUAUUCAUGUUCAGAAUGUGGGAAAUGUUUUGUAAGUAAACCAGACCUUGUUAAACAUGAGAGAAUUCACACAGGUGAGAAGCCAUAUUUUUGUUCUGAAUGUGGGAAAUGCUUUAGCCAAAAAGCAACUCUUGUUGUACAUGAGAGAAUUCACACAGGAGAGAAGCCGUAUUUAUGUUUUGAAUGUGGGAAAUCUUUCACAGAUAAAUCAAACCUUGCUAGACAUAAAAGAAUUCACACAGGAGAGAGGCCGUAAUCAUGUUCAGAAUGUGGAAAAUGUUUUUUUUAUUAAGGAAAUCAGAUUGUGAUAAACAUGAAAGAAUUUACACUAGAGACAGAAAAAUCCUAAAACGUAUAGAAGAAUGUAGAAUGCAUAUAUUAGAAUAAGAAGACCUAAAAAGUGUAAAUAAAAUAAAAAAAAAGUUUUGGAAAUAUAAUUUCCCUUCCCUAAUAAAAUGUCUAACUACGCCUAUUA